AUGCGUGCUUUUGUCAUCAAUGCAUACGCUCAUCCGUCUCAGAUUCAUCUCUCCUCCGAUGCGCCGGAGCCUCGGCCUACAGGGAAUGAAGUUAUCGUAGAAGUCUAUAGUGCCGGCCUUAACUUCUUCGAUAUUCUACAAGCUCAAGGAAAAUAUCAAAAUCAACCCCCCUUCCCCUUCGUCUUAGGCAGCGAGUUUGCGGGGAAAAUAGCAUCCGACUUCCCAAUUCCCAAAGGAUGCCCCUUCAAGCCGGGAGACAGAGUGUUCGGCGUCGCCCAGGGCGCAUAUGCUGAUCGUGUUGCUGCGGACUGGCAGCAUCUGGUUCCCUUACCAAAGGCUAUGACGUACGAUCAAGGCGCUGGCUUGCACAUCACUUGGCCAACAAGUUACGAAGCUCUCGUUGGUAGAGCUGAGCUCAAACCAGGUGAAUGGGUGCUUGUGACGGCUGCAGCCGGUGGAGUCGGGCUUGCAGCGGUACAGUUAGCAAAAGCACUCGGCGCGAAUGUUAUAGCCGCCGUAGGUUCUCCCGCGAAGAUGGAUGUAUGCAAGAAAUACGGAGGCGCGGACUUCGCUGUCGACUAUACUUCUCCGAACUGGCAGAAAGAAGUGAUGUCGAUCACGAAAGGAAAGGGCGUGGACGUUAUUUAUGAUCCUGUGGGACGAAUCAGAGAUUGCCUCAAAUGUAUCGCAUGGAAGGGAAGAGCUAUCGUAGUGGGCUUCGCCGGUGGACAGAUCGAGAAGCUUCCCAUGAAUCUAGUCCUACUUAAAAACAUAGCCGUCACAGGCAUCCACUGGGGCGCAUACUCAAAAUUCGAACCAGCACGCGUACCCGUCGUAUGGAGGGAACUCAUCUCUCUAUUCGAAUCAGGCCGCGUAAAACCCGUCGUCUACUCCGAGAUCUACGACCUAACGAACCUCGCAGCGGGGCUCCGAGCCAUCGAGGAACGCAAGACGUGGGGGAAGGCUAUCGUCCGUGUUAGGGAGGACGACGGUAGCGUCGCUCGUGCUUGUGCCAAACUAUGAACAAUAUGGGCAACAUAUACCUGGUUGGAUGGUUGUAUGUGUAGUUGUUACCUGUAAAAGCCCUCCUUGGCAGUGACGUUCUCGCGUUGUAUAUGCUGUAUACGUUGUGCUGUAUGUAGUAUGUCUUGAUUUCUACUUAUCCUUCGUUUCCUUUUUUUUUGGUGGUAGGGUGUAUAUAAUGGAGAACAGAGUUAUUCAAGGGGUUUUACGUUCCCUACCGUGUCGACCUUUACGCUUACAUUUCCUCGAGUAUCUCUCGGGUCUACAGUCUGUAUUCACACAAACGUCACUCUG